GUGCCGUGUGGAACUCACGAGCCAGCAUUACCUGAAACUAGACCAGCAUGUUUGUUGGGUUACCAGGAAUGCGAGCCAACAUGCAACAAACAAGUUCCGGAAUAGAACUGAGGGACUACGAGAAUAUGUUGGAACAGUUGGAUCAAGCUCUGUUGCAACAAAAACCCAAUGCAAAUGCCAUAGCUACAUUGGAGAAUGUCAUUGAAAUCCAGAGCAAACACUGGAAUUCAGUGAAAAGUUCUGCAGCAAUUGUUGGCUACUCGUUGCUGGAGGCACAGAAGGGUGAGACAGAAGAAGCAGAGACCGUCAAUGCCAUGGCAUCAUUGUCAGUGGACACAGAGCAAGGAAAAGCAGACUGUGCUGUCCGAUCAGUAGAAGAGCCAAUGGAGGCUGAACCAGUGUUGUGAAGUGCCAAGACUUCAAUUUCUGUAGCUGUCACUCUGUGGGUUUAAUUGGUCAUUUGUGAGUUCGUUAAAACAACAACAAAAUUAUUAUUUUUUAUCUAUUAAAAAGAAAAAAAAGGAAAAAAAGAGUUGCACUGGACAAAAUGAGCCUCUGUGUGUGUGCGUGAUCGCGUCAGUCUCCAAGCAUUUGUUCUCACCAGCAUCAUUGUCCUGACUCUUUGGAGAUUUGUGAAGGGACUGGUGAGGGGGCUUUCACAUGGACAUCCCCCUUAUUCCUUUUUCAGAUACCAUUCCCUCCCCCGCUCGCUCCAUUGGACACUAAACCUGUCCCCUUCUUAGGACUGGAAGAACCAUUUUGCUUCUUGAGGAGGAAAAAAUAUUUUCUGUCUCUUUGUCUCUCAUACAUACAGUUAGUAGGAGCGAGCAAAGAAGUGCAUUCUUCCUCAGUAUUUUUUUUUUCCAGUGUUCACAUAGAUCCUAAAUCGUUAUUCAGAAUUUUGAAUCUGGAUGCCCAUUCUGAGCAAGGAGUUGGAUUUAAUGAUCUUAUUAGUCAUCUCCAACUCUUGUAAUUUAGUUUCAUCUCCUCUUUCCUCUUCCAUGUAAGUGAAUAUAUAAUUUUCCCUCCUCCAUUUGUUUGGAAUGAAAGAGAAAUGGGUUGCAGUCUGAACAAAGGGACCCACAGCUGCCUCUUGCAUUUUAGAGUCUAGAACAGGGAAAUUUUCCUACGCAUCACAAGGUUCUACUAUCCUACGCAGGCCAUUCAUAUUACCUGUUUGCAUUGAGCCAGACUUACCCACUUCACCUCUUCCUAAAUCUGAUCUUGAAACAGCAUUCCUCUCUUGUGGGUUGUUUGCACAGUGAGAUGGGGUUGAAAAUCCCUUCCCUGGCCCUGAAUUUUCAAAUGCCUUUCUCCUACCUUUGCAAUUUUUAAUGUUUUCAUUCUCUUCCUUGCCCCCAAAAUAAAUUCAUAAAUAUUUGGAUUUAAUGCUACCUUUGUUGCCUAAAUCUCUCUAUUCAUCUCAGCUCUAAGGUGUUCCUCAAUUCGUAUAGUUCUGGUUUAAGCUCUAGAAAAAGCUCCCAAGGCAGGGAGAAAGGGGGAAAAGUGUGCCUUUAAGUCAUUUUUGUUAAUGCCUUAAUUUCUCUGUAAGUUCAUUUUUAUACCAUCUCUCCUCAGAUAGGACUAUCCCUUUUUCAUUUGCCAUCUAGUUAACAAUUAUCCUACAUAGAUACAGAAAGGAAUCACAUAUUAUCCCCAGCCUCAAUGCAUGUUUUGGCCCUGAUCCUGCACCAGGUAUGUUCAAAGAAACCAUGAAUAUCUCACCAGCCUGGGGAUCAUUGUGGAUGAGCAUUAACUCACUUCCAACACAGUGCAGUUCAGUGUGACUGCAUCAUCACUCAGCUGUGCUUUGAUUUGCACAUCUGAAUUAUGUGUCCUGUUUAUGCCUGCAGUUCUCAAUCUGUCAAGCGAUAUAUGCGAUAUAUGCGUGCAAGCCUAUUUACAAGAUUGGACCUCCUUAGCUGGAUCACUCUAUGUGUCAUAAAAUCCUUUUUGUAACAAAAGUUUUGCAUAUGUGGACUGUUUCAUGACCAAUGCUUUGACAUUCUCUUUUUGCUAUUUUCCUUCCUCCUUCACUCUUGUUUGAGUUAUUGUUUGAAAGACUCCUUGUCAUUUAUUGUAAAUAAUUUGAUUUCUUGUAUCACUUGUACAAACUCUGUUUUGAUGAAAGUUUGUCCAUUCAUAAAGA